AUGUAUGGCACUUUUCCAUGCCCAGACACAUGUGGGUUUGCGAAAGUUGCUGCUUUAGAAAUCGAAGAGCAGAUCAGAAACAAUGCAAAGGAAAAUAGUGAAUUAACCAAGGGUAAGGAAAACGAAUACAAACUAAAACAAAAACAAUACCAGCAAUUUAAUACUAAUUUCAACAACAAGGAAGAUGGGAGGAACAACUUUGAGAUUAACUUCACCAAGUACAAUACAAACCUGAUUAAGUUGCGAAGCAUUGCUGGGAAGUGGAAUUUCCGCAAGUCUAAUGAGAAAAAGCAGUAUUUAGACACGUUUUCUUUGAAGCAAUGGAAGAAGCUGUCUGAGGUAAGAAAGAGUGAACACCGACUGGCAAACUGCAAGGGGUGUGCUGUGAGAUAUGCAGCAGUCCAAGCAUUUUUUCCAGUCAAAUCACAGUUUUUGAAAGGAAGAAUAAAGUCAAGUCCAGUGUUAUGUGCACAUAUAAUGAAGCUGCAAAACUGAAAUCCCCAUGUGUAAAACCUAAGCGAAGCGAUGUGAAAAAAUCAGCAAAGGCAAUAUAUGAAGCAAUAUCCCCAACUUUCAAGAAUACAUUUGGCAGAAGUUUUGCAGAGGCUUUGGCUUCUGUUCCAGAAUCACAGCUGCAAACCAAAAAGGUUCCGAACAAGUAUAAUCAGGAAAAGCAUAAACUCAGAAGGGAACAACAAUACAGAAAAGCUAAGGAAAAUAUUGAGGAGCAAAUGAAGGACACUGCAUUCUUAAGGUAAUUUUAAAUAAGCCAAGGCAAUUGCUACUGCAUAUGGAAUGGUAGUAUGACCAAGGCCGCCAAAGGGUUAGACUGCAAAUAGUCAUGUAUUUUGCUUUUAUCUCACUAUAAAGAUGGUGUAUUUAUUUAGUGACUAAUGGCUAUAGAGCCAGACCUAGUUCUUGAUUAAAAUUUUGACAAGGCCACUGUACAAUGUAAUAUAUUCUACCACCUCAUUUCAUAAUAUGUUUUUAAAUUAUAUGGUAGUGGUCAAUCUGUAAAGCAAUGGCAAAGGAAUAGGCUUGCAUUAUGCUUUGAACCAAAGGCAGCAGCUACAGCUCGAGCUGAAAAAUCUUUGGAGGAAAGCAAGAAGCCAAAGGAUCAUGUUGGAAAUUUAGAAGCGAUGACAUGGGAUAAAAAUCAACUGCGGGCUGAGGUCGAAGGAUAUGAAGAUGGUCAUGUAGUCAACUGGUCCAACCUAGCAGCACGGUACAAUGUGUGCAAUAAGAGUGGUCAACUAGCCAAGAAUCGUGGGCAAAUCAUAAAAUCUUGGUUGAUUUCAGAGGGAGUGGACGUAACUCGUUUUAGCACUCAAUGCAGAAAAAGCAAUGGCAUUCCAAUUUCAAGGCGAAAGAAGAGACGGAUUGUCGGAGGAGAAAUAUCAUUCCCCACUGAAGUGCACCCCAAAGUGCUAAAACAAAUGCUUCAGGAGAAGCUUCAGAUUGGGACAUAUUCAAUUGGUGAAAGAAUUGUUCCAACAAAAGUAUGCAGUGGUGUUAGAUAUCUAUAAUAUAACUUUACUUAAUACCGUAUAUUAUAUUUAACCAAUUAGGCCUACAUCUUUGCCAAGUAUAUUACAUUGCACUUUUUAUGCAUUGCAUAUGUAUAAAAAUUUAUAAUUUAAUUUUAAUGUUUUGUUUAGUAUGAAAAGCUUAUUCUUUCAAAAGACCUGGAAAUCAAACGAGUUGAUUUCAUAACCGAAGGAAGAAAAAUCCCAUUGAGAAGAAUCCGGGAAGACUUGCUCCAAAAACAUAGUCAGUACCUUAGAAAGAACAACAAUAAUCAUUAUCUAGAAAUGUCCCCAACACAAGUGAUGGAGAGGUUAAAAGUUCUUGGUGAGCUGGAAGAAAAUAAAGGUCUUGAUGAAAUGGCAAUGAGAGAAAAAUUGGCAACCUUGGAACAGACAAGAAAUCUUAUGGUUUGGUUGGAUAACUCAACUGUUGCAAACCAUGGGUAUUUAGUUUGCCUUGUGACCUGUUUAUAUGAUCCAGCUGUUUUUCACACUCCUGAAGAAUACAAGGAAAAAACAAGCAAAAGUGUUGACAUUCAAAAAGAAAUUGAAAAUCCAGAGGUUCACAUUAUUGCAAGAUGCAGCAGUGCUGAUCAGGAGCAACUUACUUAUGCUGAAACACGUGUCGAGUGUAUUCAGGAAUUGAAAAACAAUUGCAAGAUUGAUGAUGUUGAAUACAACGACAAGCUACGAUUUUCCCAUGGAGACAGUCCUGCAAGAGCCCAUGAAGCGGGUCAACAGAAGGGGGGAAAUUAUUUUUGUUCAACCUGUGGAGUCCAUUGUGAUAUGACAGAUGAUCUGGCCCAUGUUCUAAACUGCAAAGUAGAAACACUGGAAACAAGACAAAGUGCCAUUAUAAGUGGUAAGAUAGCGCUUAAAAACUCAAAAAACCAGAAGGCAAAACCACUCGGGAACCUAACAAAGCAGGAACUAGAACAAGAAUUAGCAUCUCGUCAAAUAUUUGAUGAUGGAAACAAGGCCGAUCUUCAAAACCUGCUUAGCAGGAAAAUGCGUGGCAAGCAACGAGUACCAACACUGCUAUUUCACAAUCCACAACAAAAGUUGAGUGAACCGAUUAUGAAAUUCUGCCUUGUGAGCCACUUCAUGAUGUGGGGCAUCAUAUCGAAUGGGGCAUCACUUCAUGAUGUGGGGCAUCACUUCAUGAUGUGGGGCAAACAUCUUCACUGA